AUGAUACAAGUCAGUGGUUCUGUCAUGAUUAAAGAAACUGACUAUAAGAAGUUCAACACCACUGACGUCACCAUGCUGCCCAUUGAUGUAGAGUUUGACCAGGUCAGUCUUUUGUCCUGCGCCUCACGUUGUUCAAGUUCCAACAAAACGUGCUACAGCUACAUCUACAACAAAACCACUAGACAUUGUAGCCUGGGUUUCCGGUUACUUCCCCUAACAGCUACAGACCCUCCAGCUCUAGGAGAGGUGUACUCGGCUAACAAGGUGUGUAACACAACUAAAAACACCACGGUCACGUGGGAUGGCCCAGACCCCACCUCAUCUCCAGAAUAUACAUCUAUUUAUCACAAUCAGCUUAGGUUUUAUAUCGUUCUAGAAACGUGUGGUGACCUUGACAGCAGUGACCCAAGACCUAUCGUGACCCUUAAAUCUGGACUUCAGGUCAUGUGUGACACAGUGACAGACGGUGGAGGAUGGACCAUUUUCCAAAGACGUGUUUCCGGAACCGUAGACUUUUACCGGAACUGGACGGAAUACAAAAACGGGUUUGGUGAUUUUACUUCAGGCGAUCUGUACCUCGGCAACGAGAACAUUCAUUUGUUUACCUCACAAGGCUCCUACGAGCUUCGAAUCGAUCUAAUGAGUAAUGGAACCAGUUACUUCGCCAAGUACUCAAGCUUCAGUAUCUCCAGCGAGGGAGACGGUUACAUGCUGGACAUAUCCGGGUUUUCUGGAACGGUAAACGACUACCUAGAUCAACACAACAACCGGCCGUUUUCCACCUACGAUAACGGCACCGACGAAAACUGUGCUGUGACGUGUCAGGGAGCCUGGUGGUACAACAACUGCUGUGCAACCAACCUGAACGGUCAGUGGACCGAGACCAGCUCAUCUAUUUACUGGGGUGGGUUGUCCAUUUACCUCGAUCAUCGUUCUUACACCGAGAUGAAAUUUAAACACACUUAG